GCCGCCGCCGCCGCUGCCGCUGCCCUCACCCUGCCGAGCGCACCCGCCCGUGUACACGCACCCCGCCGCCGGGCGCCACCCCGCGCACUCCUCCCGCCGCUUCGCCGGGCAGAUGCGCCGCCGCGCGCCCCGCGCCCCGGGCCCGCCACAGAGCUCCGUCGCGCACCGGGGGCUCCUCUCCCAGGCCCCCCUGGGUGCCCUCCGACUGGGGCUCCCGCCCGCUUCUUGGAAUAACCCCUGAGGCUCUAGUCGCCGCCGCAAAGUUUCCCGAGGAGACCCGCCUCCCCGGCCGCUGCGCAGGUGAAGAAGCACCAGACAGGCGAGAAAGGCCCCGCCCGCCGUAGACAGCUGCGCCCAGAGGCUGAAGCCGGGAUAAAUAACCACCCUCUGCCUCACCCACUCCAGAAGCUUCUCUACAAACAGGAGCAGCCAGGCAGGCGAGCCCCUGCCCCCCAUCGUGGCUUCCCCAAGCGGGGCACACAGGCCUGACAGCUCAGCAGUGCGAGUCGGGGAGCUGCAGCCUGUGGUGAACAUCUGAACUCCUCAGAGGGGUAACGCCCCCCCCCACAGCUGUGGCCUGAGUGGCAGGAGCACUGAUUCUUUGGAGAGUGGCUCCCUCUCAGCUCUGUCACGCAAGAGCGCUCUCUGCACUGAGCCAUUCUGCCAAGUGACUUAAAGGGAUUUUAAAAAGAAAAAAGAAAAGGGGGAAAAAAGCCUUGGUAAAGAAAAAGAGGUAGCAGCCCCCACAGAGGCAUUUCAGAAGAGUCGCAGCCUGUGGACAACAGACCAAAGUUACAAAGAGCCGCAGUGGAAGUGGCGGCCAGUGAGAGGCCACAGUCCCCGGGGACUGACACUGGGCCGUAGGGCAUGCCCUGCUCAGGAGUCCCCGGGGGUGCACACAGAACACACACCCCUCACUCCAGAGAGCCAAGCCAGCGGUGCCAAAGAUGCCGCUUGGGGCCUGCAGCCAUGUCUGAGGCCUAGCCACAAGGGAGACUUCAAGACCUCCUUACUCUCUGUGAGCCUCACUGUUCCGGCUGCUGGAGCUGCAGUCUGUGAUUGAGUGGUUCUGGGUCUGUUGGUGACAUGGGGCCAGGAAUGUGAGCGUGGCCUGGAACUCCGAAGCAGUGACCGCAGUGGGGCCCAGUCCCUCCAGGGAGCAGCAGCUGAAGAGGUACUGAGGCUCCAGGUUUGGUGGGUCAGGCCUCCACCAGCUAUCCACCAUGGUGGUGGCACACCCUACUGCCACCACUACCACCACACCUGCUGCCACCGUCACAGCCACUGUCGUGAUGACCACGGCCACCAUGGACCUGCGGGACUGGCUGUUUCUCUGCUAUGGGCUCAUUGCCUUCCUCACGGAGGUCAUUGACAGCACCACCUGCCCGUCAGUGUGCCGCUGCGACAAUGGCUUCAUCUACUGCAACGACCGGGGACUCACAUCCAUCCCCUCAGACAUCCCUGAUGAUGCCACUACCCUCUACCUGCAGAACAACCAGAUCAACAAUGCAGGCAUCCCUCAGGAUCUCAAGACCAAGGUCAAAGUACAGGUCAUCUACCUGUAUGAGAAUGACCUGGAUGAAUUCCCCAUCAAUCUGCCCCGCUCCCUUCGAGAGCUUCAUCUACAGGACAACAAUGUGCGCACCAUCGCCAGGGACUCGCUGGCUAGAAUCCCGCUGCUGGAGAAGCUGCAUCUGGAUGACAACUCCGUCUCCACCGUGAGCAUCGAGGACGACGCUUUCGCCGACAGCAAGCAGCUCAAGCUGCUCUUCCUGAGCCGGAACCACCUAAGCAGCAUCCCAUCAGGGCUGCCCCACACGUUGGAAGAGCUGCGGCUAGAUGACAACCGCAUCUCCACCAUCCCGCUACAUGCAUUCAAGGGUCUCAACAGCCUGCGGCGCCUGGUUCUGGAUGGCAACCUGCUGGCCAACCAGCGCAUCGCAGACGACACCUUCAGCCGCCUGCAGAACCUCACAGAGCUGUCGCUGGUACGCAACUCACUGGCUGCUCCGCCCCUCAACCUGCCCAGUGCCCACCUGCAGAAGCUCUACCUGCAGGACAACGCCAUAAGCCACAUCCCCUACAACACACUGGCCAAGAUGCGGGAGCUGGAGAGGUUGGACCUGUCCAAUAACAAUCUCACCACAUUGCCUCGAGGCCUGUUUGAUGACCUGGGGAACCUGGCACAGCUGCUUCUCAGGAACAACCCCUGGUUCUGCGGCUGCAACCUCAUGUGGCUGCGGGACUGGGUGAAGGCACGAGCUGCAGUGGUCAAUGUGCGGGGCCUCAUGUGUCAGGGCCCUGAGAAGGUCCGGGGCAUGGCCAUCAAAGACAUCACCAGCGAGAUGGACGAGUGCUUUGAGGCGGGGUCACAGGGCAGUGCAGCCAAUGCAGCUGCCAAGACCACAGCCAGCAACCAUGCCUCUGCCACAACGCCCCAGGGCUCUCUGUUUACCCUCAAGGCCAAGAGGCCGGGACUGCGCCUCCCUGACUCCAACAUUGACUACCCUAUGGCCACUGGUGAUGGUGCCAAGACAUUGGUCAUCCAGGUGAAGCCGCUGACAGCAGACUCUAUCCGAAUCACAUGGAAGGCCAUGCUACCUGCCUCCUCUUUCCGGCUCAGUUGGCUGCGUCUGGGUCACAGCCCGGCUGUGGGUUCUAUCACAGAGACCCUGGUACAGGGGGACAAGACAGAGUACUUGCUGACGGCCCUGGAGCCCAAGUCCACCUACAUAAUCUGCAUGGUCACCAUGGAGACUGGCAACACCUAUGUGGCUGAUGAGACACCUGUGUGUGCCAAGGCAGAGACGGCUGAUAGCUAUGGCCCUACCACCACGCUCAAUCAGGAACAGAAUCCUGGUCCUAUGGCAGGGCUGCCCCUGGCUGGCAUUAUUGGUGGUGCUGUAGCUCUUGUCUUUCUCUUCCUGGUCCUGGGGGCCAUCUGCUGGUACGUACACCGGGCUGGUGAGCUGCUAACCCGAGAGAGGGUCUACAACAGGGGCAGCAGGAAAAAGGAUGACUACAUGGAGUCAGGGACCAAGAAGGAUAACUCCAUUCUGGAAAUCCGAGGCCCGGGACUGCAGAUGCUGCCCAUCAACCCAUACCGCUCUAAAGAGGAGUACGUGGUGCACACCAUAUUCCCCUCCAACGGCAGCAGCCUCUGCAAGGGCGCCCACACUAUUGGCUAUGGCACUACACGGGGUUACCGGGAUGGUGGCAUCCCUGAUGUGGACUACUCCUACACAUGAAGCCGCCUCCCCUAGUGUGCUCACAUGGCUCUGUCUAGCCCACUGCAAUACCAGGAGCCAGGAAGAGAAACUCCACAGUGACUUUCCCAACAGAAAGCAAAGGGGAGGGUUGGUGAACACAAUAGUGGGGUAAAAAAAUUUUUUAAUACAUAGAAGGCAGGAGGGGAAUUAAAUAUUGUUGGAGAUAUAAUUUAUACUGGAUCAUGAGAAUUAAGGACUAGAAUAAUCUCGCAGGAAGGGUUGGAUUGGGACUUUUUCCCCUGAACUAGAUUGAUACUACCUGUACAACAUUUGUGUAAACCUCGCGAUUCAUUCAGGGCCAUCAGAGAGAAAGAUGAUAAAUAGACAUGAUGGCAUGGAGCCCCCCACGCAGCCAUCCUGCUGGCUGCUCACGGAUGACAACUCUCAAAACAGCCAGGGGAAGACGACGUUUUGCUACGGAGAUACUGUCCUGAGAGAAAUCUCUUCCCUGGUUCUUUCCAUGCUGUGUUCUUUCCAGACCUGCAGAAACAUGGCGUCCUCUGUGGUAUUCUCCAAACAAUACGACGUCAAUUAAAAACAAAACAAAAAACAGACAGAUUUUUCCUUCCAAUGCCUAGCACUUCAGUUCCAUUCACCGAACUCCGUAGAAGCUCUGACGAAAGCUGUAGCUUUCCCUGCCACGUGGAGUGCAUCUGUCUGCCUGCCUGUCACCAUGUCGUGUGUCUCAGUACAGAUGGGUAGAUAGAGCCGCGUGUCCAUCCCCUCAGCACUUCUUGGGUCAGUUCUUGACAUUUCCUCAGACAAUAGAAUUGCAAGAAUUUUGCUUUCUCCUAGAAAUCAUUGAGUAAGUAGACCACGUGUGGGGUGAGAGUGAGGCGGAGGGGAGGGGCCUCAGCCUAGGAGGAGGGUAUUGGCAUUUCUUAGAGGCAUCCCGGUGAGAGUUAGGAAGAAUGUGGCUGAGAGUGCUUUGGAUUCCAUCCUAUGUCACAGUGCCCAGAGCCAGGCCACUCUCCUUCCUGAUAUGGGGGAAGGCUUUUCCUUGAUGGCUUCAUCUGUCCCUCCCUAUAGACCCGGUCCCCACCAUAGUGUUUACUCUUUCUCCUGGGAUAGGUAAUUAGUGCAGGGACUGUUUAUAAAUAUAUGUGUCUCACACACCACACACACACACACACACACACACACACACACACACACACACACACGUCAGAUGGCUAGACCUAUUGGUUUCCAUGACUGCUCAAACAAAGCCCAGAAAAAAGGAAAAAAAAAACAUUUUUUUCAGAAAAUCCCUGGGAGACACACACACACACACACACACACACACACACACACACACACACACACACACAAAUCUCAGCCAUGCCCACACCAGGGGCUCUGUUCUCAAGAGGGAAAAAUCAGAUUUCUUUGUAAAAAACAUCAGCCUCCAAAAGGGUACUGACCGGGUCCUCAGAAGAACUAAGAUUUUACUCCCUCCCUGUGGAAUCAAUGUCGUUAUCAUUUAUCAAGUGACACCACAGUGUGGUGAGCCAUGAGAUUAAAACGAUGAUAAAAUAAUGACAGCAGAUCCAGAAAGGAGGGAAGAGCGGUGCCUGCGGUUCUGAUGUCUGCUUCGUCCUGUACUCGGGGAGCCCGGGUCACCCUCUGUCGUGUGUCGCUUUGCCCUGCACUGGGGAGAAAAAGUCAUCAAAGGAAGACGCUGGUCUGAGGGCAGCCGGAUGAGAAGGGGUCGAGCUCCUGACAGUGAUGUUUUCAAAAGACCUCUGUCACUCUGUCCAAAGCAAAGGCAGGAAGAAGCGGCCAGGAAGCUGUCCGAAGUGUCCCUGGGGGGCCAUCUUCUUGCUGGACAUUAAAGAGUCAACUGGCCCUUCAGUGAAGAGAUGAGAUUGAAAGAGACGGACCCAGCAGGUGCCCCAGAGUGGUAGGAAGAGGCACAGGCUCCUGAUCAGAGCCCAAGAGGUCAUCAUACCAAAUGGAGACCCCAACCCACCAGCCCCAGGGAACGGCCAAAGGGUAUGGACAUGGAUCAUUCCAAAGGAGACCUUUCUUCCCUCUUCAUUCCAAGUCAUUUUCCCACAUGAGGUCAAGAGAGAAAUGUUCCCGAGCCUCAGAUUCAGGUCUGUAUAAAUACAUGCCCUGGAGCCCAGCUGUCCCCAGUGGCCAUAAUGAUAGCACCCUAGUCAUGGCAGCUUAGGCAGACCGGCGGAGAGUCCCAGAUGCUGAACAAGGCAUCAAGGGCACUAUGUCAACCUUUUCCAGAGCCCCAGGAAAGUAAAACCCCAAGUCCCUACCCCCACCUUGCUCAGUGCCCUAGAUUCACCCAUGUUUUCCUUAUCUAUUCCCUGCCACAGAAGGUUUUAGUCACUUUCUUUGGUGGCCAGGAAAACUUUUAAGAACCGUGCAGCUGCCUGGAAAGCCCUACUUGGAGAUUCAGGAACUUGUGGGCCAGAUGCUAGAGCUGCCUGGCCGUGGUAAACUUCCUCCCCAUCACACAGAGUAAACCUGACCCACAGGAGCCUCGGUAGUCACAGGCAGAAUGUCAAAGCUUGAGGACCAAGUCAGCCUCCUGCUCUGUUGGGGCUGACUCCAUGUUACACCCAGUUGGAGAGCCCAGGGCUGGCAUUGCCCUCUAAGGGACACUAAAUGCUCAGUCAUGACCCUGCAGCUCCUAAGAGCCCUUCCUGUGUCAUUUCUGCCCCUUUGCGGUUUAGUGUUUUCCGGUACCCUUUAUGCUGUGUGUGGGAAUGGUGGAACACUGGAAUUGGAACUCAGGGCCUGUCAUGCAAGGCAAGCACUCUAGCACUGAGCUAGACCUCUAGUACCCACUCCCCAGUGUCCUUGCAGAAGGCCCCAAGUGUAACCUUUGUCCCAGCUCUCUAAAGGAGGCAGAGAGUCUGGCUUCUGGUCUCACGUUUCAGUAGAAGAGGCUGAGGGAAGCUGUGGUUGACACUGGAAGGCCCAUGGGGAUUCUGUCUCAGUGGCGGGCCAGCCUGACCCUCACAGUCUCUCACCGGCAACAGCCACCUCAGGGGCCUCAGCCCUGAGGAGUGUAUUCUGUGGCAUUUAAGGCAAAUUUAAACUAAAAAAAAAAUGCCAGUGACACUUCUUUGGUUAAGUGGUUUACCCUUCGUGGUAAUUAGAUGCAGUGAUUGGAAUCUUUUUUUCUAUUACAUGGCAAUUUUACUUUAAAUUUCUUCUUUAAAAAAUGGGAGAAAAGACAAGGAAGGAGGCAGCAGGGCUACAGGCAUUUGCAUUUUGCGAAUGAAGCCUCUGGUAGGCUCAGCUCAGGCGUGGGGCCCAACGUAUGGAAUGCUUAAGAGAUUACUAAGAAUAAAAUCUAUUAAUUAGUCAUACUCAAUUCCACAGACAUGAUGUGAAUCAAAAGCUCCCUUUCCUCCCUCAUCUGCAUCCUCUUCCUGAGGAAGCCUCCAUCUUUCAGAAAGGCUGCCUCCUGGCCUGCUGCCUCCUUAACUGGAGCCCUGCUGUGGCCCUGUGUGGGGGAUCCUGCCUUGGAGAGCAGGUGCAAUGCUGGCAGGGGAGGUGACAGCCUUGGGAAGACAACUGUGGCUAGGAGGAAACCAACCUUCCCUUCUUGGAGCCAGAAGCCCAUCCCUGUUCCAUGCUGUCAUGCCUCUCCUUCAUUGUCAGUGGGCGUGGAGUCUCUCAGAGCCCUUUUCCCAGGUUUCCAAUGGGUCAGCUACCCAGCUCAGCCCCCCAGCAAGAGAGCCAGGAGCAUGUCAUGAAAAUUCGAGGCUUCCAUCUCCCCACUUUAAAAUGAGGGUGACUGGGUAGAGUCUUGCUUCAUGGACGGCCCUGUGAGAGCAACCCCUCCAUGCUGAGGCUGGAAGGUUCUAAUGGGCUCAAGACAGUGAGGAAACACUGCUGGGUAGGAAGGGCCUGUGUGGAGUGUAGAAGGGAUGGGCAGUGUCUGGAAUAGCCUCCCAGCCUGAGCCUCCUCCUUCAUUGCCACUGGCAAGGGAAGUAAGGAACAAAAGUCAGAGCCAUACUCACUCGGGACUCUUCCCACCCAACCCCCUACAAGUGGCAGCUGAAGUCCCAAAGCCAGCCUUCUUCAGACAUCUGAUUUCCACUGAGCACACCAAGGAGGAGGCCGGGGCUUCAGAGCCUCUUGCUUAUGAAAAAUACAACAAGGAAAAUUGGAUGUAGCAGCUGGGGAGCUAUGCAGAGGCAGCAGGAAUGGGCUCCGAUGGGCAUGGCGGCCUGUGUCCCCCAAGGGCCAGAUGACAUGUCACGGCCAGGGUCAGGGCUGCGGGCCUCCAAGAGCCACGUUCCAUACUCACACAGACAGUGGCGCAGGUGACAGCAGCUGAUGUCGAGGCUGGAUGGGUGCCAGGGUGAGCACUAACAAGCAAUUCACAGGCUUUCCAGAGAGCAGAGAGAGGCGGCUUUUUUUUUUUUUUUUGUAAGGAGGAUAAAAAGGCUCAAAAAUGCAAAUCAUUACCGUUUACAACCAAGUGAGUCUGCUAAAUUGAUUAGAAGAGAUUAAAUUCCUUGGAGGUGAAGGGAAAGGGGGAAUUUUUUGUGGGUUAUGAACCUGCCCCAAGUGGUCGCCCACACAGCAGGCAUUUUCCAGGCCUGCGUGGGAGGGGUAGCAGCUGUUCCUGCCCAGAACCCUGAGGAGCUGGUCUCUCUAAGGACUGCUCAGAUUGAAGAGCUCUUGCCAGGGCUACGGGGACAGAAAGGGUCAUGUUGCUGAGACAGGCCAUCCAGCAGCUGUGCCAGUCCUUGGGCGGACUGUGACCCUGUCACCUAGGCUCAGUCUGCCUUGAGAGAUGGCAAGACACAUCUGCAUCAGAUGUGCUGCACUUACAUAGUAAGACUCCAGAGCCGUGGGAUGUCUUAUAUCCCUACCCUAGGAGCCUCUUGCUUUCUGGGCUCAGAGAGAGAUUGAGGAAAGAGAGAACUGAAGGCCAGGAGAGAGAAACUUGGGCCCAGCAAAGGAGGCAGUCAGCGAGCUCUCUGCCCCAUGAUAUAUGCAAGCAUUAUCAGAGGAGGUGACAGUAAACCUUCCAGCCUGAACUAAGGUCUAGGUCUUUGUCUAGAAGGAUCUGGUUCCCCCGGGCCAGGCCACACAGACCUCUUUUCCCAGGCUGUGCUCAGCAGGUAGUGGGGGGGUGCGGACAGGACACCUGCUUAGCUCGGUACUCCCAGCCCUAGGAUGUCCCUGGACUUGUUCCCUCAAGCCCAGCUGCCUGACACCAGGAGUAACCAACAGGCUCAACACUGCCAGCCUGUCCACCCAUCACAGUCAGCUGACGGCGCCUGGGGCUCUGUUCCAACACUCGCCAGUUUUUAGGCAUUUGCCGAUUCUUUUGAAGUGUUCCAGCUAUUUGUAUGAAAUAUCCACACUGGCGUCUUUAAAAACAACUGACAGAAAGAGUCCCUUUGCUCUCUUCCUAGCCUUCAAUUUUUUUUCUUUUUCUCCUCCCUACCCCCACCCCUAAUAUUUUGAGUCUGCCACUGAACCUCUGAUCCUCCGAUGCUACCUCCUUUGAUUUCUUUUUUUUUUUUUUUUUUUUUGAGACAGGGUCUCACAUAGCUCUAGGCUGGUCUCAAACCCUCUAUGUAGCUGACAAUGACCAUAGAUUUCUGAUCCUCCUGCCUCUACCUCUUUCAGAUUUUAAUGUAUGUUUUUUUCUCUGAAUUGGGGAAUGACAUUGUCCCUGGGGUCACUCCCAUUUUCUCAUCAUAAUGGGGCUUUCAGGGUGUGCCGUAUAGGGGUAGGACACCAGCUCUCUUCAUGACUCCUGACCCGUGUCUAGGCAACUCUGUAGCCUGGGGCUGCUCCUGCUUCCGGAAGCCACCCUGGGUUCUCUGAAACCACUGUCACAGUUCCUUACUGCUGCAUUGUCCAGCUUGUGUCAGGAAAGAAAUGUGGCUAUGUGGUGGGCAGCGAUCCUGGUGGGUGGGUGGGUCAGCUCCCAUUUCAUACAGUCCCGCUCCCAAGAUGCUGCAGCCAUCAGAGUCAUGUCAUCAGCAGUUUGGUUCCCGUACCGGGGCACCUAAGGCCACUGUGGACCAGCAGGGGUCCUGGAACACCUUUCCCACCCUCUCUCCCCACCUGUCUAUCUAGUCAUGGGAAAGGCCCAGGGGUUGGCACUGAGGGGCUGCCUCUGUCCUGGCGAGGAGAGGGGCUCAUCGGGUAACUUCUCCCAGAAGCAUCCCACCCUGCUUUGCUUCAGGGUUGGUGCAUCUCCAGCAGAUGGGAAAUGAAGAUUCAACAAGAUCUGGCAGCAACCACAGCCAGAAUAGGUGACUCAGUUUCCCUUCUCCAAGAUUUGCAUCAAGUGGGUGCCGGAGAUUGGCAGAAAACUAGAGGCCCAGGGGGUGGUACAAGAAACAAGAUCCAAGGCAACAGCCUGCCUUGCCUGCCACCCCUGCAGAGAGUCCCCGCACCCCAGCCACCCGCCUGGAGGAACUAAUCAGACUUUCUCUUCAAGACAGAAAAACAAGCACGCCGUGAACCGACAAUCAAAGCCGCAGCAGGCCCCAGGCUGCCACUGCUCAUUCUCCCAGGGGCCCACGGUUCCAAACAGCUCCCAACCUGCCUUGGAUGGAAGGCAAGGUGGCAGGUCCUCCACCCCUACCCCUCCUGUGACGCGUUCCAUCUCUGAAGGCUGUGGCCACACGGUGGGGAAACCCUACACACAAAACCCCAAAGUAGCCUUAGGUAUUUUCCCCCACCCCAGCAUGACCCCCUGAGAAUGGCCUCAACCAAGAAGCCACUUGGGCAUCCAGGGUAUAGUGUGAAUAAGGUGUCUGCCAGCCCUCCAGAGAGGCUGGUGGGAAGGAAACCAUGGGCCCACUGCUGGAGGCUUGUCAUCUGAGACAAAAAGGCCGAGGAGGUACUGGAGGCUGAGAGGCCACCAACCAGACUGAGGAGACCUGUGCUUGUGCUGGCUAAGGACACCAGCAGGUAUGAGCAGGGAUGCCAAAGGCACAGGUUGCCCGAAGGACCCCCAUCCCCAUGUAAGGGCUGCAGAGUGGAGGUUUUGGCAGAGUCAUCUUCCCAGUGGCAUCCUAGGAGCAAAGGGUGCUUGUUGGUAUUGCCAAGUAAACUGAAACAGAUAUCAGAAAGUAUAAUCUGAUCCCUGGUUCUGAGGGGACCCAUGGUCAGCCUCUGAGGAAUGGAUGGGCUCUGCUAAAGAAGGUAGGAUGUCUGCUCAGCCCACUGCAACAAGGCAGACCCUGAACCACCAGUUUCCCGAACCCAUGGCCUGUCUCAGCCACAGUCUCAGGGCCCCUUGGCUGCUGUCUCCUCUGUUUUCUUUUUCUCUGAAGGUCAGAGCAGUCUCGGGUCUGAGGGAUAGGAAUGCCCCUCCUGUGGUGGCUGCAGUCUGGGAACUAGCAGGCAGACGAGACCCUGCUCCCUGGGAGGCCUGGCUAUGCCCGGCCUCGUGGCCCACGACUCUACCACCAGUCAGGGAAUUUUCAGAAAACGGCGACACAAAUACCCCACCACCACGACGACAACACAAACCAAAGUGCACUCUGAACCGCCCUUUGGCCUCCUUCAAUGUAGGUGCCUUGAAACUUCAAUGUUGAGAUGAAUGUGACUAACUACUUGGUCCUAUUUUCUGUUUGUCUGUUUCAUAUAAAAUGUCCAAGUCCACCUGCCUUGUCCUUUCUUGAAAUAAAUAGAAAAGUUUAACUUUUA